UCAUUUCAUUUCAAAUAACCUCAACCUUCAUAAAUUUUUUCAAUUUCCUAACUCUUCCUUAGACUUCCAAACCCAAAUCGAAUUCAUCUGAAUUCGGUCUGCUGGUUUGGGAGUUCUAAAUAAAUCUAAGGUAAUCUAAACACAUACAAUCUAAAAAAUUAGUCUUUUUUCUUUUCUUUUCGAAACUCGAACUUUAUCGGUAUCAACAUCAAGAUGGAGAAAGUGAUGAGGUUGGCAUCUGAAAAGGGUGUGGUGAUAUUCACAAAAAGUUCUUGUUGUCUUUGUUAUGCAGUCAACAUUUUGUUUCAAGAACUUGGGAUUAGGCCUAUGGUUCAUGAAAUUGAUCAAGACCCUGAAGGAAGGGACAUGGAGAAAGCUUUGAUGAGGUUAGGAUGUACUGCACCUGUUCCUGCUGUGUUCAUUGGAGGGAAACUAAUGGGGUCCACCAAUGAAAUUAUGUCACUUCACCUAAGUGGUUCACUCACUCAAUUGUUGAAACCAUACCACCAAUCUUUGUCUUGAAAAAAAAAUGUGAAAACAUAUCACAUAGUUAUUGAAUCUUGAUGAUACCUUGUUGCUGGAAGAAUAAACUGGCUUGUGAUUUAGUACAGUACUAGUAGAAGUGACCUUAGUAUUAUUGAUAGUCUAUGUAGUGUUUUUAUGUAUCAAAGUGUUUUAGUAUUCAAUUAGCUAUAAUGUAAUCAUAUAAGUAUUCUUAAUGAAGUUUGAUUUAUAUCCUUGUA